AUGUCUUCAAUAUCCUUCCCUUCGCCUUCGCCUUCGCACGAUACCGACGACGAUGGCCAAUUUUAUUCAUCUAUGUAUGAUACCAGCGCAUCGUUCACUAUGAAUCCGCUCUCCUCCCAUCCACCACGCACCCCACGGACGUCUGUCGUUAUAUACACUGAGAAGACUGAGGAGGAACAACAAGAAGAUGGCAAGGCCGAGGUUGACAUUGACUACGUGGAUGACGACAGCGACAAGAUGAAGGAGGCUGAGAAGAGGAUUUUACGGGAGGAAGUAUGGAGAGAAAUGGUGUUGACGAGCAAUGGUCGGGACAAGGCUUUCAAACUAAUCCAGUACUCACUCCGGAUGUAUCUCUAUUUCCACAAAUCUUUCACAGGAAGACUACUGAGAAGCAAGACGCGCUCGCCUUGGGAACAAGGUCUCGUUAAGCGCCUAGAAUCCACGAUAUCGGGAUUUUCUUUCUCAAGAAAGCUGCUCCUUCUCUUCAACUGGUUGACCCCGCUGACAGCAAUAAUGGCCCAGAAUUCUGCUCCUAUUCCCUUCGCUGCGUCAUCUUCAAAGGCAAAGCCUUCUCGACCACUUCUACACGCUAUUCUCCAUGCACCACCUCCGGUACUACUUGAACUUGUCAACGCGUUCGCCGACGACAUGUACGCGCUUUCCCUAAUAGGUCUUUUGGGCAAACGCACAGGCGAACGUGCCGGCAAAUUUGCCGAUUGGUGUUGGUUGCUUUCCACCCUGGUGGGGCUAGUGGAAAAUGGAGUGGAGCGACAAAUGAUUGGGGGAUUGCAGUCUGAAGUGGAAUCCCGUUUAUACAAGGAGUCCAUGUCAGGUGCUACUGCGAAAUCAAAACCCAAAAUAUCGAAGAUUGAUGAGAAGGAGCUGGAAAGAUUGCAGAAGCAGGAUUAUUGGCUGCAGAUCACGAGAGCCAAACUGGUCCAUGGACCUGAUCUUCCAUAUGAUUUGUUCCAUUUCAAACGGGGGCGAGAGCCAGUCAAGGCGUUUACGGGUCUCAUGGCGGCUAUCCUGAGUUCUGCAAAACUGUUUGAUCGACACAAGAAUUCACUAGCAAAGGCGUUAUCAGUGACAUUGUAG